AUGGUGUCCUGGUUUGAUGACGACAGCAGCGAGAACUCUCACCAGUACGCCGACUCAGCUUCAGACGAGGGCAUCAUCAAGAUCCCUGAUACCAUGGAUGACUCCGAUUUCGAGGGCACUGAAACUGACGUUUUGUGUAAUGAACACAGCCUGCCAGCAGAGAGGCAUGUUGCUUUCCAGGGCAUCCAUACUGGCAGGAGGUUCCUUGCUUGUGAUGUGAAGGAGGGAAGAAACUAUGGGCUAGUUGAAUGGGUUGAUCCAUAUUGGCCAGCUACAAUGGAGAAUGCAUUGACCAAGUUGUGGAAUAAGUAUGAAGAGUGCAAGAGGAGCAAGAUUGAGGACAAUCUGACAAGCUCAUUUGCUGUUCACAAUCUGACACAACAGAAGAUCAAGCUGCAGGCAAGUUAUGAGAGGUUGGUUGAAGAUGUCAACGGCCUCUUGGAUGCCCAGGAGCACAGGGUUCAGAUGCAGAGAGUUUAG